AAUACUGAAUUAUAAAUUUUUUUAAAACAUGCAUUAUGGGUAAACAAUGUUUCUUAGGUAUCGAAUGAGGUUGGAUAAUUGGUUGAAAUCGAACUUUUUAAAAUUAAGUGUUUAAUCGUCUGAUCAUUAAUGUUUUGUACAGAAAACUUUAUUGAAUGACAAGAUAACAAAGUAUGCGAGCGCCUUCGGGACUAAGUUCUGGCAAUAACAUAAACAAUCAAUGUCACAUUAGUAACGAAGCUUGCGGAAUAAAGGAUGUAUGGUCCAAGAAUUUGGAAGAAGAAUUUAAAGCAAUUAGACAUAUAGUACAAAAAUAUAGCUAUGUUGCUAUGGAUACAGAAUUUCCCGGUGUUGUCGCUCGACCCAUAGGUGAAUUUAAAAGCAGUGCUGAAUAUCAAUACCAGCUGUUACGCUGUAAUGUCGAUCUGCUAAAAAUUAUACAAUUGGGUUUAACAUUUCUUGAUGAGGAGGGCGGAACUCCAUCUGGCUACAGUACGUGGCAGUUCAACUUUAAGUUUAAUUUAACUACAGGUACUACACCUCUGAAUUUCUGUCAACUGAUGUCUGGCACCUACUCUGAUCAGAACAAAAUUAUGAAAGAACUUGAAAUUCCUGUGGCCACCAGAUUAGUUUACUGGAUAGCCACAAAUAAUUUAUAUUAUUUAGACUACACUUACUGGAUUUUUUCCAGCGGUUACGAUUUCGGAUACCUCUUAAAACUACUUACCAAUCAGAAUUUACCCAGCGAAGAAUCCGAAUUUUUCGAAUUAUUACACAUUUACUUUCCCGCCGUCUACGACGUAAAAUACCUGAUGAAGAGUUGUAAAAACCUGAAAGGAGGAUUGCAAGAAGUUGCCGAACAACUAGAGCUGGAGAGAAUCGGCCCCCAACAUCAAGCGGGAAGCGACAGUCUGUUAACCGGUGCUGCAUUUUUUAAAAUGAGAGAGAUGUUCUUCGAAGACAACAUCGACGACGCCAAGUACUGCGGCCACCUGUACGGACUGGGCACCUCCUACACCGUCAACGGACAACCCGAAGAUGCGCUCAACGUCUCCUGACCGCCGGCCCGCGGUGCGCCGCCCGUCCAAUUUCUACCGGGGUCCCCGGCCGGCGGCGUCCCGUUCCGCGGGACGGACUAGGGCCCGCGGGCCGCCUCCCCUCCUCCCGGAGUUUUAACGGCCUUUUCGUCUUUUUUUUGUUUUUUAAUCUUCGGCAGACGCCCCGGGGGCGGCCGCCACACGCGCGCGCGCGUCUGUGAUAUAUGGAAUUCCAUUUUUAUUACGUAAUUUUUGAUAAUUUAGCCACAGUCGACCGGGACCACGUCGGGUUUUUAAGGCGAAAGCCGCGCCCCGGCGGAUUUUAUCAACCUUUAUGUAAAUAAAAGAAUAGUUUUUGUCUGUC